AUGGUGCUCUCCAGGGCCGCCUCCGACACCGACGUGUCGGUGCACUCCACCUUCGCCUCCCGCUAUGUCCGCUCGUCCCUCCCGAGGUACCGGAUGCCGGAGAACUCGAUCCCCAAGGAGGCGGCGUACCAGAUCAUCAACGAUGAGCUGAUGCUGGACGGCAACCCGCGGCUGAACCUGGCGUCCUUCGUCACCACGUGGAUGGAGCCCGAGUGCGACAAGCUCAUCAUGGCCUCCAUGAACAAGAACUACGUCGACAUGGACGAGUACCCGGUCACCACCGAGUUCCAGAACCGGUGCGUGAACAUGAUCGCGCAUCUCUUCCACGCGCCGCUGGGCGAGUCGGAGACGGCCGUGGGCGUGGGCACGGUGGGGUCGUCGGAGGCCAUCAUGCUGGCCGGGCUGGCCUUCAAGCGGAGGUGGCAGAACAAGCGCAGGGCCGAGGGCAAGCCCUUCGACAAGCCCAACAUCAUCACCGGCGCCAACGUCCAGGUUACUUAUCAACCCUCUGCCUCGCGAUCCAUGGAAGAAUUGAGAGCCAAGAAACCCAUCCAAACAUUUAAAUUGAUGCAGGUGUGCUGGGAGAAGUUCGCUCGGUACUUUGAGGUGGAGCUCAAGGAGGUGAAGCUGCGGGAGGGGUACUACGUCAUGGACCCGGAGCAGGCGGUGGAGAUGGUGGACGAGAACACCAUCUGCGUCGCCGCCAUCCUCGGCUCCACGCUCAACGGCGAGUUCGAGGACGUCAAGCGCAUCAACGACCUGCUGGAGGAGAAGAACAAGCGGACCGGGUGGGAGACGCCGAUCCAUGUGGACGCGGCGAGCGGCGGCUUCAUCGCGCCGUUCCUGUACCCGGAGCUGGAGUGGGACUUCCGGCUGCCGUGGGUCAAGAGCAUCAACGUGAGCGGCCACAAGUACGGCCUCGUCUACCCCGGCAUCGGCUGGUGCGUGUGGCGCACCAAGGAGGACCUCCCCGACGAGCUCAUCUUCCACAUCAACUACCUCGGCUCCGACCAGCCCACCUUCACCCUCAACUUCUCCAAGGGCUCCAGCCAGGUUAUCGGCCAGUACUACCAGCUCAUCCGCCACGGCAUCGAGGGGUACACGAAGAUCAUGGAGAACUGCCAGGAGAACGCCAUGGUGGUGAAGGAGGGCCUGGAGAAGACGGGGCGCUUCAGCAUCGUGUCCAAGGACGAGGGCGUGCCGCUGGUGGCCUUCUCGCUCAAGGACCGCAGCCGGCACGACGAGUUCGAGAUCUCCGACAUGCUGCGCCGCUUCGGCUGGAUCGUGCCGGCCUACACCAUGCCGGCGGACGCGCAGCACGUGACCGUGCUCCGCGUCGUCAUCCGGGAGGAGUUCAGCCGCACCCUCGCCGAGCGCCUCGUGCUCGACAUCGACACCGUCAUGGCCCAGCUCGACGCGCUGCCCUCCAAGCUCGCGCCCCCGGCGCUGCUGCCGGCCGCGCUGCCCAAGACCGUCGUCGUCGCCAACGGCCACGUCAAGAAGACGGAGCUCGAGACGCAGAAGUCGGUCACGGAGGCCUGGAAGAAGUUUGUGCUCGCCAAGAAGACCAACGGCGUCUGCUAG